AAAUAUUUAACCCUUUUCUAGACAGUUCAGGACCCUGCUAGUGUGUCCAGCGUGUCUCUCAUAAACACACAGUCUGCCAUGGCUGCCCCAGAGGACUCGCUCUACCUGGGCUUUGACUUCAGCACGCAGCAGCUGAAGGUGAUGGCUAUAGAUGGCACUCUGACGGUGGUUCACCAGAGCAACGUGCAGUUUGACUCCGAACUGCCCGAGUUCAAAACUCAGGGAGGGGUUCAUAUCCAUGCUGACAGGUUAACUGUCACAUCCCCUGUGCUGAUGUGGAUACAGGCUUUGGACCUGUUAUUGGACAAGAUGAAGAAGGCCGGGUUUGACUUCUCGUUGGUCAAAGCCCUGUCUGGCAGUGGACAGCAACAUGGCAGUGUUUACUGGAGCACAGGGGCCGAUCACACCCUCAAACAUUUGGACCCGGAGAAGAGCCUAAGCCAACUGAUGCAGGAAAGCUUCGCCGUGGCAGACAGCCCGGUGUGGAUGGACUCCAGCACGUCGCCACAGUGCCAGUACCUCGAGUCAACACUUGGGGGCGCCACUACACUAGCGGACAUCACCGGUUCCAGGGCGUAUGAGAGGUUUACUGGGAGCCAGAUCGCCAAAAUCCAGCAGACCAGACCGGACCAGUACCAGAACACAGAGAGGAUCUCAUUGGUCAGUAGUUUUGCUGCCUCUCUAUUCCUGGGUGCCUACGCUGCAAUCGACUAUAGUGAUGGUUCAGGAAUGAAUCUUCUGGACAUCAAGACCCGAUGCUGGUCUGAGGUCUGCCUGGAGGCCACCGCCCCUGGUCUGGGGAAGCUCUUGGGAGCCCCUCAACCCUCUACUACAGUGCUGGGCUGCGUCUCUCCCUACUUUGUUGCCAGGCAUGGGUUCUCAGAGGACUGCAGAGUAGUGGCCUUCACUGGAGAUAACCCUGCCUCUUUUGCAGGGAUGGGGCUACGGGAAGGAGACGUGGCUCUGAGCCUGGGUACCAGUGAUACUGUGUUUUCAUGGAUCAGGGACCCCCGUCCUGCACUAGAAGGUCAUGUAUUCUGCAACCCGGUAGACUGGCAGUCAUACAUGGCUCUACUAUGCUUCAAGAAUGGCUCCCUUACCCGAGAGAGAGUUAGAAACGAGUGCGCUGAAGGAUCAUGGGAGGUUUUCUCCACCGCACUUCGGGAUACACCUAUCGGAAACCAUGGCAACAUAGGGUUCUAUUUUGAUGUCAUGGAGAUCACACCGUCUGCUGUGGGAGUACACCGAUUUGACUGCCACGACAACAGGGUGUCGGGUUUCAGUGCCCAGGUGCAGGUGAGAGCCUUGCUAGAAGGACAGUUUCUGUCAAAGAGGCUUCACGCGGAGCGACUCGGGUACAGAAUCAUUCCUGGAAGCAGAGUGUUGGCCACAGGAGGAGCCUCUUCUAACAAGGACAUUUUACAGGUGCUCUCAGAUGUGUUUGACGCCCCGGUUUACACUAAAGACGUGGCCAACUCUGCGUGUCUGGGAUCAGCCUACAGGGCUCUCCAUGGGCUUGAAUCUGUAGAGUCCGGGGUCCCCUUCUCUGAUGUGGUGAAGAACGCAAUGGAGCCCAAGCUGGCUGUGACUCCCAACCCGCGGGCAAAAGAGGUCUACAAUCAGAUGCUGAAGCGCUACGCUGAGCUGGAGGACAGAAUCCUACAGGAAAACUAGUAUUAGCUCUGUCAAUCACAUACGUCUUCCUAUAACACCUGAUUGGCGUCUAGGAUUUGUAAAGCAUCGUGUAAUUUUUGAGACUCAAGUUCUGGUGAUGAUUGUAGGAGUUGAUUUUAGGUCAGAGCUGAACUGAAAUCCCUACUGGGACCCACCCAUGCUCAGAAUGUAUAAUGAAUGCACUCACGGUAUUGUAAGACCCUUCUGUAAAAGCAUCCAUCAAAUGGUAUGUAUAGUCUUCUGAGUGAGUCAAAAUGUCAAAAGGUACAUGACCUUGAAACAUUGAAAUAUACCAGAGAGGUGAUUGGCCAUGGAGUAAGAGAAUCUGAAGAUGUAUUCCGUUUGUGAUUGGUUGAGUUGCUACAGGAACAGACACUAGUGACUGAAUUACAAUUGCUUGUUUCUUUAGAUUAACUUUUGUGUUUCUUUCCUAUUAAUUAGUGGUAGCUUUUGAUAUUCUUCUAUUUUUCUUAUUUUCACUGAUUAAAUUAAGCAUUAAUUACCCACCAGUCUGUAUCAGCUUUGUCACACAAGUCAAGAAACCUCAAAUUAUUUCUGUGUUCAGUUGUUGUUGCUGCCAGCUGCGAUUGUGCCCGUAAUUAGAUUAGUAAUCUCAGUUGGUUCUUCAAUUAAUGGGAACCUUCAGGAAGAUCAUGUCUGAAAUAGUUUUGCUUAUUAUUAAUUACUUUCCAUGUUUGAGACACCAAGAUAAAGACAACAUUUUGAUUUAA